GUCCUCCUUCAACAGGAGUGGUUGCAAGAAUAGCAACAAAGUGCAAGGGAUACUCAACAUCCUUCCUGCAGAAGUCUCCAAGACCGACAUAUCUCCAUACAAGCUCAUAGAAAGACUUCUAUAUAUACAUCUUUUUCAUAAGUAUAUAUAUCUCUUCUUAGAAGAGAGUCUUCACCAUGAGCUCCGAUGAGAAUACCAUCUCUCCUACUCGCCUGUUCCUGCAUUCGGCAUGGACAAUCUUCAAAGAGCAGUGGUAUCUCUUGAUACCGCUACUCCUAGUCGUCCGACUGGUAUAUAAGCGAUAUGCUUCACCACUACGCGAGUACCCAGGCCCAUUCCUAGCUUCAUUCUCGCGCCUCUGGAAAGUCAUUUCCACGGCCUCAGAGCGGACGCAUCUGGACCACCUAGCGCUCCACCGGAAGUAUGGCCCCGUAGUACGCAUCGCACCCAACGAACUCUCGUUCUCCUCGCCCGCGGUCGCCCGCAACAUCCUCUCAGCCGGAAAACGCUUCUACAAGACGGACUUUUACUCGGUCUUCCCACCCCCUGAGAACCCGGAUAUCUUUACUGAGAUCCGCGAGGAUGUCCACGCUAUGAAGAAGAAGGUCGCUAAUGUCCCGUACUCGAUGGCUGCUAUGCGCCAGCUUAGCCCUUUCAUCGACGACACGAUCGAUUUCCUCGUUUCCCGUCUUGAUCAGUUCUGCCCUGAUACCGCGAUCCCUGGGUUCCAACAGGCGGGUCUUCCUGGACGUAAUCCGAUUGUUAACCUUGGUGACUGGCUGCACUUCUUUGCCUUCGAUGUGCUUGGUGAAGUGGCUUUCGGUCGAUCUUUUGGAUUCUUGGCUGCUGGUGUCGAUAAGGAAGACGCUAUUAAGACGAUUGAUAACAGCCAGAAGUAUAACGGUAUCGUGGGCCAGAUCCCGGAGAUCGAUUGCUUGUUAAGGCGAAACCCGCUUUGGAAAAUUAUCCCGGCUUUCAACCCUGAGAAUGCGCUGAUCACUCGCAUUGCCCGGGAGGAAAUGAAGAAGCGUCGCCCCUUCGAGGUUGACCGUGAUGGAAAGGGUGCUGGUGGUGAUGGUCGUGAAGAUCUUCUGUCUUCAUUGAUUAGGGGCCACUUGAAGGACAAGGUUAAGUUCCAUGAGGGCGACAUUUUCGCUGUGGCGCAUGGUGCUAUUUUCGCUGGAUCUGACUCGACGGCUUCGACGAUGCAAUCCUUCUUCUGGCACGCACUAUCGGUACCUCGUGUAAUAUCGAGGUUGGUAGCGGAGAUUGACCAGGCGGCGAAGGACGGAACUAUCCAAUCCCAAGGCAACGUCCAAUGGACCGAGGCGCAGAACUUGCCCUACUUCCAGGCAUGCUUAAAGGAAUCGAUGCGCAUGCGACCCGCGGUCGGUGUUAACAUUACACGAUACGUGCCCGCUGAGGGUAUUGAGGUCGAAGGUCGCCACCUUCCCGGCGGCACCCGACUCGCUCUCAACGGCUGGGUCCUACACCGCGACAAGGCCAUCUUCGGCGAAGACGCUGACUUCUACCGUCCUGAGCGCUGGCUCGAGGACCCGGAGAACGCUAAAGUUAUGGAGCGAUACAUGUUCCAGUUCGGUGGUGGUGCCCACGUCUGCAUUGGCCGAAACCUGGCGCUGUUGGAGAUCAACAAGGUGAUCCCACGCCUACUGCGAGACUUCGACUUUGAAUUGGCCUACCCCGGGCGGGAACUCAAGGCCAAGGCGACCUUCUUCGUGGUCCAAGAGGGCCUCGAAGUGUUCAUCUCGCGGAAGCAGAAGGCUGAAAAGGAAGCUAUCGCGCAAUCAUAAGUGCGAAAAUGAGAUUUUUCUUUCUUUAAGAAUAUCUCUCUCU